AUGCAGUGGCUCUGCUUUUUUAUAUUAAUUACAUUCCUUGGCUUUUAUUUAGUGGAAGCCCAGCGUCAGGAUUGUAGAAGGAUCAAAGAGCAAUGUAGACUAUGUACCCGUCGUUUGGUGCAUCCCAAAAAUGAUAUCGAGUUUAUAAACAGGGAUUGUAGAGAAAAAUUGAGGGAUCGUUGGGUUUGGCAGGAUGUGAGGCGAUGUGAUAUGCAGAUCCUGGCCUGCGAACAUCAUGAUCAAAGAUUGGACUGUGAGAAUGUGGCCAGAUUGGCAGGAAUGCGACGACUUAUUGGUUAA